GCAGCCCCACGCCGGGCCGGGCCGGGCGGGAACUACAGGCCCCAGCAGGCCACGGGGCCGCCGUUGCCAUGGGAGCGGCCGGGCCCGCAGCGGAGAGGCCGCCCAGGCCCGAGUUACGGGCUGACAGGCCAUACUAUCAAGCACGGUAUGGCCCAGUCGGCAGGCGAAAUGUCGCUGCAGGUGGUGUCAGCCGUCAAUAACUCGUCCUUGCUGCAGCCGGGCUUCUCACUCCUGAAUUUCGGUGGGCAGAUUUUCUUCUUUGGGCAGAAAGGCUGGCCCAAAAGAUCCUGUCCCACUGGUGUCUUCCUCCUGGAAGUAAAGCAGCAUGAACUCAAAAUGAAACCUGCCUUCUUCUCUAAAGACUCCUGCUACCUCCCCCCUCUGCGCUACCCUGCCCUUUGCACACUCAGAGGUGAUGCAGAGUCUGAUGAGUGCCAGUAUGUCAUCCAUGGUGGGAAAACACCCAACAAUGACCUUUCUGAUAAGAUUUACGUUAUGAGUCUGGUAAGCAAAACCAGCAAGAAAACCACCUUCCAGUGCGUUGAGAAAGACCUGGGUGGAGAUGUCCCUGAAGCCAGAUACGGGCAUACAAUUAACGUAGUUCAUAGCCGGGGAAAAAGCAUGAGCGUUAUAUUUGGAGGGAGAACAUACACUCCUCUUGCACAAAGGACCACUGAAAAAUGGAACAGCGUAGUCGACUGUUUGCCAUCCGUGUUUCUUGUUGAUUUUGAGUUUGGAUGCUGUACGUCAUAUGUACUUCCAGAGCUUCAAGAUGGACUUUCUUUCCAUGUUUCAGUUGCCCGAAAUGAUACAAUCUACAUUUUGGGAGGCCAUUCCCUUCAAAAUAACACCAGGUCCCCCAGCUUGUACAAAUUAAAAGUUGAUCUUCCACUGGGAAGCCCAGCCGUGACUUGCAGCAUCUUGCCAGGGGGGAUAUCUGUGUCAAGUGCUAUAGUGACUCAAACUGGUGAUACCGAAUUUAUCCUUGUCGGGGGCUACCAGUCUGAAAAUCAGAAACGGUUGGCAUGUAACACCAUAGUUCUGGAAGACAAUAAGAUAGAGAUUGUUGAAAGGGCAAGCCCGGACUGGACACCAGAUAUUAAACACUGCAGGAUGUGGUUUGGCUGUGAUAUGGGCAAAGGGUCUGUAUUGCUGGGCAUCCCAGGAGCCAACAAACAGUUAAUCUCAGAUGCCAACUACUUCUACAUUUUAAGAUGCAAAGGAGCAGAAGAGGACAAGGAGGAAGAACUGGCAGCACAAAUUUGCAGUCAGACAUCGAGCGAAGAUCCCGGAGACUCCACUCCCUUUGAAGAUUCGGAAGAGUUUUGUUUUAGCGCUGAAGCCAAUAGCUUUGAUGUUGAUGAUGCUGACACUUACAAUGAAGAUGAUGAAGAAGAUGAAUCAGAAACAGGCUAUUGGAUCACCUGCUGUGCCACUUGCAAUAUUGACAUUAACACCUGGGUCCCUUUCUAUUCAACGGAGCUCAACAAGCCUGCAAUGAUCCUGUGUUCCGGUGGGUCUGGCCACUGGGUCCACGCGCAAUGUAUGGAUCUCUCAGAGACCAUGCUCCUACGUCUCUCAGAAGCAAACAUCAAGUACUUCUGCAACGAACAUGUCGACCUUAAUAAAGGGCUGCAAACUCCCAAAAAGGUGGUGCGCCUGAAAAAGCAACCCAUGAAACCACUGCGCAAAAAGGCAACUAUGAAGUUAUCAACGCCCAUGAAAAAGUCCUUUCUUCGGAGGUUGUUUGAAUAGAUUCACUCUGCUGAUAUAGUCACCUGGGAGAAGGAAAGCCGCAGUCAAAGGCAGCUAAUAAUGGUUGAAGCAGAAUCAGUUACUGGAGCUCAGUGAGAUCUUUUUAUUUAAUUGAUCUCAAUGAUCUCAAUGUUUCAGUUACAUGUCAAAGCUCACAGAUUUUUUUUGUCUCUUAUUUGUCUUUAUGUAGUACCCGCUUAGGAGCCCCGUCACAGAGGGCAUUGUCAAACACGCAGCCAGAUACGGGUAACUUUGUGCUGUAUUUUGGGCUAUAACUUACUCCCUGGUUAUCCCCAGUGAGUUUUAUGGAACUGCUGGUAGCAUAAGACGUUACCCCGUGUACUUGGUGGUGUUCGCAUCUGCCCACGGAGAGCAUUCUAUUACCCAUUUUUAUUUUUUGUCUUAAUAGUUCUAGAAAUAAUUGGCCUAAUUUGUAACGGCAUUACUCCCAUUUUAUGUUGAUGUAAUGAAAUAAAAUAGACUAAUUACUCUGGUUUUAAACUGAAGUGGUGGCUUGAGUCCCUUGUGUCAGGAAUAAUGAAAUAUUCAGACACUGAAGGUCAGUUUUGUUCAGGGGCUUCCGUUACGGAAAGCUUACAUAUGGAGCAUUUAAUUCUGGAUAAUUAAUUUUUGAUUUUGAGGGGUACUGAAUGUCAGUAUGUCAGUUUUGGCUACAGCUGUGGAAUAUCAUCUCAUCGUAGAAAUCAAAUUGCUUUUUUAAACCUCUGAG